AUGUCUGCCAACUUGACCGACUUCAGCCUCCACUACACCCCAAUGCUCAUUGAUGCAAACGCUUCCUCUCGCCGCAACUCGAGGACCUUUGAGCGCCACUCUGCCUCCGCCUCUUCAACUCCCUCCUCGUCCCGCGCCUGUUCUCCUGCUCCAGCCUCCCGUCAGAGAAUGGACAACAAGGCCGCUGAGAAGAAGUCGAGCACAGAGGCUCGUGCUUCCUUCUUCGCCAACCUCGGAUGA